AUGUUGUCUUUCGUCGUUAUUAUUAUUUGUCUUAGUCAUGCUAUUCUUAUUUCUGGUUCACCACCAAUAGUCUUAUGGCAUGGAAUGGGUGAUAGUUGUUGUAAUCCAUUAAGUCUUGGUACAAUAAUUAAAUUAUUAAAACGUCAAUUACCUGGUCCAUAUAUUCUUUCAUUACGUAUUGGAUCAAAUAUCGUUGAAGAUACAUCAAAUGGAUUUUUUAUGAAUGUUAAUCAUCAAAUUGAUUAUGUUUGUAAAUUAUUAAAUAGUGAUGAAAAUCUUUCACAAGGUUAUCAUGCUAUUGGUUUUUCUCAAGGUGGACAAUUUUUACGUGCUAUAGCACAACGUUGUCCUAAUCCACCUAUGCUAAAUUUAAUAUCAAUUGGUGGUCAACAUCAAGGUGUUUUUGGUUUUCCUCGUUGUCCAGGUGAUAAUGAAACAAUAUGUAAUUAUAUUCGUGAUUUAUUACGUUUUGGUGCUUAUGAAUCAUUUGUUCAAAAUCAUCUUGUUCAAGCAGAAUAUUGGCAUGAUCCUCAUAAAGAAACAACCUAUCGUAAAGCAAGUAUUUUCUUAGCUGAUAUUAAUCAAGAACAAACAUUUAAUGAAGCAUAUAAAACAAAUUUAUUAAAAAUUCGUAAUUUAAUUCUUGUAAAAUUUUUACGUGAUACAAUGGUGACACCACAUGAAAGUGAACAUUUUGGUUUUUAUGAAGAAAAUAAUACAUCAAAAAUAAUACCAUUACGUGAAAGUUCAUUAUAUUUAAAUGAUUUAUUAGGUUUAAAAAUAAUGGAUGAACAAUCACGUAUUAAAUUUCUUGAAUCAGAUACGGAUCAUUUACAAUUUACUGAUCAAUGGUUUAUUGACAAUAUAAUUCCAUAUCUUCAAGAUUAA